CCCUCUUUCUCUGUCUCUCUCUCUCUCUCUUUCUGUCUCGCUCUCGCUCUCGCUCCCCUCUCUCUCCACCUCUGCCUGGCUGUCAGCUUGCCUCGACCACGUAGCAGCUUCCUGGCAGCGGCUCGUGUCUACUCUCCCUCUCUGUGGCUCUCUCUCUCUCGCUCUCGCUCUCUCACACACACGCACAGAAGACACUCAGUAUCAGUAGCUCAUGUAGAACCACGUAGCAGCAGCUUUGGAUUUUAAACCAGAAACACCAGCAGCGGAAACAGGAGCAGAACCAGGAGCGGGCAUGGAUCUGUUUGAAUUCGACUUUUUCAGAGACUGGGAGCUUGAACAACCAUGUCAUCUGGAGUCAGAGCGCAGCGCCCUGAAGAGGAGAGAGUGGGAGAGGAGGAAUCAGGAGGUCCAACAGGAUGAGGACCUCUUCUCAACUGGAUUCAACCUGUUUGGAGAACCUUAUAAAACUAAUAAAGGUGAUGCAUUGGCCAGCCGCGUCCAGAACACGCUGGGCUCCUACGAAGAAAUGAAAGACCUGUUAACCAGCCAUUCCAACCAGAGCCACUUGGUGGGUAUCCCCAAAGGCAGCAGUGUGAACAACAACCUGCAAACUCCGACCACUUCAGCCACAGAAAGACCCACCAUGGACUCUCAGCUUUUCAAUGAAACGUUAAGAGGAGGAGUAGGUGGUGGUGGAGGAGGAGUAGAGGCUGGUGGGGAUAAAAGGAUGGUGAACGCAACUUCCUCAUCUUCAACCUCCAUGCAACCUCCUGCUACGACCACGUCAUCAUCAAGCACAUCAACAAAUCCACAUCAGAAUUCAAAGAAGUCCCGAAACUCCAUGGACUGGUCUAGGGGAGGCCACGGACAGAGUUCCCAAGGAGCAGGCCUUGUUUUGGGGUUAGGACAGAGUGGUCAGGGGCAGGCUACAGGAUCCACCGGUGGCAGAGGAAAAAUAUCUUUAUUAGAGGAACAACAAAUGCAAAGACAUGAAGAACUGUUCAGCUCACUAAAAGAUGAACUAGGUCUAAAAGGGGAUUCAAGCCCUUGUUCUUCCUCAUCGUCUUCUUCAUCCUCUUCAUCUUCUUCGAGAAGGCACUCUUCCCACCCCUCCAAAGCCCUUCCUCUCCCAGAUGGUGGCAAUUUUCGAUCUUCCACCAUGGACGGUGGCCACUUUAAGUCUUCCACUAACACAGAAGCCGGAGGACAUUUUAAAUCCUCCCCGUUUGAAAAUGAAACAGGUUCUCACUUCUCGAUGUCCUCGUCCCCGCUGGCUUCCACAUCGGUUGUAACGACCCCCACUCCUGGUCUGACCACUCCCACAUCCGGACUAACUACCCCCACCUUCCCUCCUGGUAGCCUAUCAGGGAAGCCGGUCGCAGUUCAGCAGAAGCCCACAGCGUAUGUUCGACCAAUGGACGGCCAGGACCAGGCGCCUAGUGACUCUCCCCAGCUUAAACCCCCUCUAGUGGCCACGGAAGGAUUUAACAGCAGUCAGGCUUACGGAGGAAACUCUGGAAAUGUGAAGAGUAAACUGCCAAAACUGACGCUGAGCCACACAGGGGAGGUCAGCCUUCCAAAUGACUCCAGCUGUGUUGAAGAGAUUUUGCGGGAGAUGACACAUUCCUGGCCUCCUCCUCUCACAGCCAUACACACUCCUGGGAAGGCUGACCAGACAAAGUUCCCCAUCCCAAACAAAGAGUCACAGCAUGUGACCUCAGGCUACAACACCCAGAAGCGAUGUAGUGUAUCAGCUAACAAGCCUGCUGCUAAACCACCAACUGCACCACAGAAGUCGAUGCUGGAGGAUGACCUGAAGAUCAGCAGCGACGAGGAAGAGGCCGAACAACAGGUGUCUGACAAGCCCAAAGCCAGAGGCACAGCCCUGAGUGGUGCAUCAGGAAACAGCAGCAGUGAAUCAGAGAGCAGCUCGGAGUCGGACACAGACGAAUCCGAGAGCAGCUCCAGUGACAGCGAAUACAACCGGGCCUCACGCACACACACGCCAGAGCCCGAGCCCCCGUCCACCAACAAGUGGCAGCUGGACAGCUGGUUGAACAAGGUCCAAGCUCAAACCAAACCUCUGGUUCCCCCUCAGCCGGAACAUCAUGGCACAGGCUCCAUCAACCAGGGCCCAGAGACUCUCUCUCCAGGGAGAGAAGCACCAGCAGUGGGUACAGCUGCAAAGGCCAAGCCCUGUGGAUCCAGCAGCACCCCAGUUCCAGCUGCACCAACAGUGGAGCACAAGGAUACAAGAGGAGCCUUCUGCCCGGGCAGAGAGAAGGCCAAGGCCAAGCUCAGCCAGAAGGCCUCAGGAGAGGGCCAGAGGUCCAAGAUGAGGCUGUCACCGGCCCUGCUGUCUGGACCAGAGGUCACGACUCCGAGGAGGAACACCACAGGAAAAAAACAGCCCAGACGGACAGAGAGGUCAAACAGUGCAGAGGAUAAUCAGAACCAGACAUGGAGCAGAGCAAACCAGCACAGCAGCCCUGCAGCGAGAGAGAAGGACCUGUUGCCGUCCCCCUCCCUGGAGCAUCAGAACCCCCCAAGGCCACGCGGCAAACCCCCCAGUGGGAAAACUGCCCCCAGGAAAGAGCCUCGCGGUGGUGCCAACUCCAACAACAACACAGUGACUCCACCAGCAGUGCCACAGCAAACACCUGUGCCAAUACCUGCCGUCAGUGUAAACCAGCAGGAUAAGAGGAAACACCGAGGGCCGAGCACCAAAAUCACACCCAAGUCCCGGGAAUUUAUCGAAACAGAUUCCUCCUCCUCCUCCUCGGAAUGCCAUUCAGAGUCGGAGGAAGCCAUGAAGAUCCCCGCUCUGCCGCAGACAACACGCCCUGCCAUUAACACGCAGACUCUGUCCAGCACGCACAUGCACACGCCUCUCCUCCCAUGCCUUGGCCCUGCUGCCAGUUUGGGGAGUCUGGGGACAUUUGGAGGGAAAGGACUGCGAGUCAAAGACAGUAGCAAUGUGACCACUAAUGGUAGCAGCAGUAGUAAUAGUAGCAUCAGCAGUGGAAACAAUGGCAGCAGUAAUAGCUGUAACUCCCUAAGCAUUAGCAACAUAAGUGGUUCCUUUGGUCCUUCUGUUCCUGAUCCUGGAGGGUUAGGAGGACAGUGUAAGGACCUGGAGUCCAUGUCACCACCUUCCAACACGGGGCACGAGGUGCCACUUUCCCCCCUUAGGGAGUACCAGGAGAUCCAGAGUUUAUGGGUGAAAAUCGAGCUAAGUUUGCUCAGCAGGGUGCCCGGCGGCCAGGGCUUGGGGGAAAAAUCCCGGGUGGGACUCACAGAAAGGGACGGGAGUGAGGGGAGGGACAGGGACAGGCAGGGGGAGAGGACAGGUGUAGCAGAGAGAGAGAGACAGAAGCAGGAAGACAGAGAGUGGCCAGGGCUGAGAGAAAGACAGAGGGUAACUAAAGGGGAGAGACAGGAGGACGAAAGUGAGCGAUUGGUGCAGGACAGAGAGAGGCAAGGUGACAGAGACAGAUUAACAGAGAGAGAGAGGCAGACGGAUAGAGAGGACAGAGAAAGAUUAGGGCUUGGGGAGAGGGAAAGGACGACUGCGAGGGACAGAGAGAAGGCAUGCCUGGGUCUGGGGGUCCUGGACAACCCCCCUGUGCAAGAGCAGAGUAAUCCCCGGCUGGCUGGGAGGACAGAGAGAGGAGAGAACGAAGGUAAACACAGGAGACAAGCAGCUGGGAGCACGAUGGUCCCCACAGAGAAACACGCCAGCAAGAACAAAAGGAAACACAAGGCUGACCACACUGAGUCAUCAGUCAACGGCAACAAGAAGCUGCGACUGGACAAAGACUGUCAGCUCCUCCCACCCUGCAUCUCUCCAAUACACAACCACAAGAACAGCUCUACAGAAAUUUCUCUGAACAGGAAACAGUCUCGGCGGCGCAACGAGAAGCUUCUUCCUCCCCUCCUGUCGCCCCUCUCUGACGACCCCCCACGUAAACGAACCUGCGACAGCAUUUCCUCUCUCAGCCAGGAGGUCGGCGCCUCAGGGAUUCUGCCCUGCUCCACCACAUCCACCUCCUCCUCCUCCUCCUCAUCUCACAGGCACCGGAGAGGUGAAGGCAAGGUGUCGUCACAUACGAGAAAUGGCAGCGAAAUGGAUCCCCCGAGCGAGAAGCCCUGUGGAGAUGGUUGCCAUGCCAACGGACAGUCAGACUCGGAGGUGUGGUCUGAACCACUGACGGAAGCUGCAGAGCCUCGCAGGCCAAGGCUGUCGUUCAGUGACGUGGUCCACAGUGCAGACUACCACAUGCAGGAGGCAAAGAGGCUGAAGCACAAAGCUGAUGCUCUGAUGGACAAAUUUGGUAAAGCAGUGAACUACGCGGACGGUGCCCUCUCCUUCAUAGAGUGUGGAAAUGCUAUGGAGCGAGAUCCACUGGAGGCUAAAUCACCUUAUACCAUGUACUCAGAAACUGUGGAGCUCAUCAGGUACGCCAUGAGGCUGAAGAACUUCAGCAGCCAUUCAGCUACUGUUGCUGAGAAGAAACUCGCCGUGUUGUGUAACCGCUGUCUGUCUCUGCUGUAUCUGAGGAUGUUCCAUCUGAAGAAAGACCACGCUGUCAAGUACUCGCGGUCGCUCAUGGAGUACUUCAAGAAUUCAGCCAAGAGUUCCCACCAAGCACCUUCUCCGUGGAGGACCAAUGGAAAGGUCAAUGGGACUCCGUCUCCACUCUCACUCAGCCCGUCCCCAGCCAGCAGCGGAGGGGGAGGGGGAGGAUCUGGAAGUGCCCCAAGUUCAUUGGGCAGUGUGGCUAUUCCCCAACGGAUUCACCACAUGGCUGCCAGUCAUGUUAACAUCACCAACAACAUCCUGCGGAGCUAUGAACACUGGGAAACGGCUGACAGACUGGCCACUGAUAGCCAAGAUUUCUUCCAGGAGCUGGACACGGUCAUGGAGCCACUGAGUCAGCAGAGCAGCAUGACUGAGCUGGUCCGAUACAUCAGGCAGGGACUGCACUGGCUCCGCAUAGAGGCUCGUCUGCUGUAGACAUGGAACAGGGACUACAUUACAGAGGGGGAAAAAACAAGAAAAGAAAUGGGCCUACCAGCAAGAACUGGGAUAACAAGUGAGAUGAGACUCAGGACGCUGCUUCAAUUCCCACUGGGAUUCUUCAAAUGACCACGGUAAUGUACCAGCACAGACUGGGUGGAUUAAUUAGGCUGAAUUUCACCUGCAGUUUGGACUGAGCAGUAACUAGGAUCAGGAAUUUCAACUGUGGAUCACAGAAUACAGAAUACAUUCUUUUAAAGUUUAAUUUCUGUUUUGGGAGAGAAUAAUAUAUCAGUGAAAGGAGCUUAUAUUCCUACAGGAACAAUGGAUGUUACCGAUUCCUGUGUCCCUGAAGAGAAGAAAGAACCAGAGAGUAAAGAAAGAGGGAAAAAGUGUUUUUACGAUGACAGGAUCAUUUAAAAAGAUGUGAGAGGCUGAUGUGAUUAAAGUAAGAAAGCAGCUCAACAGAGGCUCAGCUCCUGCAGCAGUGGCCUAGAAACGCUCCCGUGACGGAGACUACAAUUAAAGUCUCCGGCUGAUAUCGAUCCAGGUGUGAAAGUACCGGUCCAAUCUUUCAGAUAAGAACCAUACUGGUGGAGGGAAGAGGCUCAGGUUCAGCCACUAGAGCUGAAUUAAUGGAGGCUGAAGUCAGUCAUCAGCUUCCUUUUCAGUCCAUCUUCAGUGUUUAGUGGCAGAUCCUGUAAAACCUGACGCUGUUUUCUAUCCCUUCUGGGACUUAACUUAAUCAGACACAGGGAUACUAAAUGGCUUCUGAAGAGUGAGGUUAACAGGUUAGUCAAAUUUCAGUUUUCAAGAUGAAAUCCAUAUCCAACUCAGUGUUUCUAUGGUUAACCAUCAAUUGAUCUUUUUAUGUAUUAGUUUGCAUUGUGUGUGGUGGAGUUUGUCGCUCCUGCACUGGUUUCAAAUUAAAUGAAUGGUUUCCACGUGCACAGGCAUUUACAGGAAAUCAUGCACAUCCUGGACAAACUUUGGAAAAUCAUAUGCAGUUUACCACCAGUAACCACAGGUGUUGCCAAAUCAACCAAGAAAAAUAUUUUUGGUUGUAAUCUGGAUUCACAAUUCUGGAUUAUUUAAUUAUUUAUUUAUUUGCCUUUGUCUAAGUAUUAAUAUUUUUAGUUAUUGUUUGAAAAUCUUUUAUAUUUAAUCUAUUUAUAAAUAUGAUACCUGAUACUGGUAGGUGGUAACUAGUAAGUACAAUAGUACAACAGUUGAUAAAGAAAUAUAAAUAUCUUUUUCAGGAAAACACUGCUUUUAAACAAAAAAGGUCAAAGGUGUCAGAUGUGUUACAUAUGAAGAUUUUUUCAUAAAUGAAUAAAUCUAAAACAAUAUAUUUAGGAAUUUGACCAAGUUUUUAGUACUAACACAUUUCAACUGCUGAGGCUUGCUACGUCGCCCCGCCCUUUAUUUUAGAUAUCUCUGUGGUUUAGGGCUGUGACACUAACAUUUUGAAUACAUCUACCAGUAUGUUUAUCAGGGUAUCUUUAGUUUAUCCAUUAGCUUCGAAGCGACUCUAACUGUAGCCUAUUUGACCUGGAUCCAUGGUUUGUUUAAGUAGAAGCUCUCGGCUGUCAGAGCCUCUCUGUAUAAUUGAAUCGGGUUAACCUCCACCUGAAGAUGUGUGUGGCUGGAGUGAGGAUCACAGGACCUGGUCAAGCACAGUCCAGGCAGAUAAUAGCUCCGCAGAACAAGCACUCACUUCAGCCGUCUGGCUCUUCUCUCACUAGUUAUGGGCUUUUGUGAAACUCCAACCAGCUCUAGUUCCCAUAGUAACCCACCCACUACAGUGUCAAACACUGAGGGGGAAAAAACUACAAGAUUUGGUAUGAUUUGCCUCGAAUUAGACCCCCAGUCAUGUGCAAAUCAAGUAAACAGGGUGAAAAUCUCACAGCAGCUUUUCUGCCCUGAUGUCAAAAAAAGAUUCACUUAAUGAGCUCAAAUCAUGCGCCUGACGUCCUGUAGUCGUUUCCCCGCAUUUGUCGUGUUGUGUUGUUAGUGUGUAUACAUGUACAGCUGAUUGUCAGGUGUAUUUAAGUCAUUACCUGACUGGACAAUAAUGAUGUGUGUGUGUAUCAUAAUGUACAGACUGUGAUUCCUGAAAACAGUGUCUGUUCUUGUUUUAUAGUGUCUUGUGAAUGAUUUCAUGUGAAUGAAUGAGGACGCGAAACAAGAAAAUAGGGUGUGUGCGCGUUUGUGCGUGUGUGCGUGCGUGCGUGCGUGCGUGCGUGCGUGCGUGCGUGUGUGUGUGUGUGUGUGUGUGUGUGUGUGUGUGUCCAUGCACAGGCUAUGGCUGCAUUUACACAGCACCAAACACAAUCAGAUUUUUAACUCUCAGUGGCACAUGAAAUCAAAAGGCGACCACACUGUUUCCAUGUGGUUUCUCUUCUGUGUUCACAUGUGCUUUAAAAUCUGGAUUUUUUUUAUUGGUCUCUGUAAAUCCAGCACAUCAAGCAUGAGUUUUUAAGUUUUGGAUCAUUUGACCAUCGCUGAAUGUGUAUGGAAGACAAUGCGGAUGUGAAAAGUAAUUUUCACUUUGACAAAAAAAAAGAAACUCAAGUGCCUCUAUUUGUGUCCAAUGGGAAUUGCUCUAUUUAUUUAUGAACAAAGAAUGAAUCUAAAUGAUUUUCCAUACCAUAUUGGUAUAAAUAUGAGAUUGUUUUUCGUAAAAUCAAAUGUUUCCAUAAGCUUUUUACUGGCGUUUAUGACGACACCAGGGUUUGGCUUUAAGAACAAUGUGUGAUUUAACGUGUCAAAUUUGCAUCACUUGCUGUUUUAUUUUUCUCUUGAGGAUUUGAGCAAGUAUGGGUUUGUGUGAAAUGCCUGAAGAAUUCAAACCAUCGCAUGCAAUAAACGAUAGCUUCAGACAAAGAACUACUUGUGUCCAUAUUGAAAAAGAAGAAGAAAAAAAACAGUCAGUGUAUUUCUUGUCACAUACAGUGUGAAUGUGCGACAUCACCUGAGGAUACAGUGCCGCUCUAAAUGCACAACAUGAAACACAAGAGUCUGAAGGAGGUAACAACAUUCAAGAAUAUCAUGUUACUUAAAACCUCAAAGGAAUAGUCGGACAUUGAUUUGCUAUUUAUUUGCUUUCUUGCAGAGUUAGAUGAGAAGACUGAUACCACUCUCAUGACUGUGUGCUAAACAUGUAGCUAGAACAAACAUGCUGAUUAGCGUAGCUCAGCACAAAGACUGGAAACAGGGGGAAACAGUUAGCCUUAGUUUUUCUCUAAGAAACAAAUCAUCUCUUUAUGCAAACUAAAGAUUUUUCAUAUGUGACUGGAUAUUUUUGUACAAAGUGUAAAAUGUCUCCAUUAUGAAAACUUGGCCCAAUAAACACACAAAGGUUAGGUUCAUCCAAAAAAGGAACAAAGAUUAUAGCGGCUACAUGAGCUGUUGUGACGAGUCUCAUCCACGACAGAUUGUUAGGGAUAUUUAAUGGGGAAAAAUUUGAGAAUAAAGUUGGAAUAAUUUUACGAGACAGAAGGCGAAUAUUGUUUGAAUAAAUCAGAAUUUUUAUAAUAGUAAAGUUUUAAUUUUACAGGUAUAAAGUUGUAAUAUUGCAUGGAAGUAUUUGUAAUAUGAGAAAAACGUCGUAAUCCUACAGAAGUAUCUUGUGAAAUUACACUUUAAUAUGGGUUUCACAAAUAAUGAAAAACUUUUUAGCUAAAGAUUUUGGAUCCAGAAGGAGUAGAACUCGCUCUGCUGAUUUCCAGAUCUUUUUUUCUUUUUCUUGAAACCCCAUUUCUAUGGUUAAAUGACUUAAUAAUAUUAUGACUUAAUUUUCAUAACAUUACAACUUUCUUAUCAAAAAUAUGAUGACUUUCUUUUAAAUUAUGACUAAAUUCUCAUAAAAUCAAGGCUUUUUCUAGACUUUUUUAACGGCAUUUUUUCGUGUAAUAUUGGGACAUUAUUCUCAAAAUCUGCUUUACGGCCCUAAUACGCUGUGGUUCCCAUUAACUUGUCACAUGAGACUAAGCUCUUUCUAGUUCCAUAACUAAUUUGCUUCAUAAUUAAUUUGUCAUUACAUGUAAAAAUGGCUGUGUAGAUGAAUUGCGAGCGGCUGCUGAACUUAAUGCAUAGUCAGGAGAUGUGCUCCAGUAGCUGAAAAUCACUGAUCUGACACCAACUGCACACACAAUAAUUAUCCAAAACAACACGGGGCAGCAAGCGAUGAAUCAUGAUUAGAAAAUACGUGGCAUGUGUCCCGAACAGUCACACCACAGGUGUCAGGGAGAGCAGAUACAGUCAGCUGCGAUUACCUCAGCAUUUAGAAUUCAUCACAUUACAUUUUAAUCAGACUUGAGCUUUUCAUCAUUUAUUUAAUCUUCGGAAAUAUCAAAGGUUAUUUAUCAGUUUUUCAAACUCAAGAUCUUGUUACCAGGUCUCUUUUGGACGAGCUAACCUUAACCACUGCCCCCACUGUCUAACAUAUUUAAUAUUUAGCAGUAGUGGUGCUGGUAGAAACUGUUUUUCCCUGUUUCCAGUGCCAAACUAAACUAACCAGCCACUGGCUGUAGUUUCAUAUUCAUCACACAAACAUAAGAGAAGAAAUAUUUCCACAAAUGUCAAACAGUUUCUUUGGAAUGGACUCUGAAAUAGUUCUUCAUCUGAAAGCCUGAAAAGAAAUAUGAGCUAGUUUGACAAAAAUGCCUUUUAAAGUUCUAUAUUUAUUUUAAUUUGAAGUCAUGAAGCCAAAUUAACAGUUUCCCAAUGAGCCAACGAACAAACAAAUCCCACAAUGUGUUUCUGUCAGACCUCAGUCGUCGAUCCACAGUGUUGCUCGGUCAAUCCAAUGGUGUUCGAUGUUGUUUUGUUUUAUAGUGAAACAGUGAUGUUACUAUAUGGUUAUUGUUAAUUUCACACAAUGCUCCUGAUUUUUGAUUACAAGCAGCGGUACGAUAUACAUGAUUAUCCAAUAAUAUGCUGUAAAAAGUCUUAAGAAAUUGGUGACGUCAUGGGAAACAUCAGAUCCAUUCCACCGUGUUUCAUGUCACAUGUUGAAAUCAUGCAACAGCUCAUGUAUAUGCGAUGUCAAUCUGUGGCUCUAUUCUGAAACCCUUUGGAGACAGACUGCCUCAGCAUGGCCUUUGAUUCUGCUGACAUCUGAUUAAAUAUCCCAUUAGCUCCAGUUACAUUAUUACACUUGUCAUCUUGUUUAUCAAAGACGGCAGUGGCAGAGUCAGCGUCGCUGCUGCUGUGAUACAAUACAGAGCCAAGCACGCUGAUUCUGAUUUUGACAACAGAUGGUAACAAGCCGAUUAGACAUUGAUAAUCUUUCCAGUGGUGCUGAGAGUCUCUGACAUUUGUUUGUAUCUCACAAACUCUCAGGCACCUCAGGAAAUUACCAAAACUGCCUCAUAUAGUGAAUGAAUUGACAGUAUUUAUGAGCGUAAUCGUUUUUUCUGCUUUAAUUCCUGCAAUCUGCCAGAGAGCUGCUUUUAUCUCGGGUUUCUUUUCAUUUGAUUCUCCUCAGUUGUGCUGAAAGAGAUUAUUUGUUGAGAUCACCAGAAGGAGACGGUAAUUUUCACUGUUCACUGGUUGGUUCAAGAAAAUAACUGGGAACAUUUCACGUUUCCUAACUGAUGCCUAAUUACCCAAGUCCCCAUCCAGCUACUCUGGAGUCAAAUCAACUGGAAUCCAAACUGUAUAUUUGGCUGAAGAAAACUACUUCGCCAAAUCAGUUCUGUAACCAACUCCCUGUAUGAGAGUUCGUUUAUUGCGUGGUGAGAUACACUCAUACAGGAAUAGAUUGAGACUUUGCGAAAACACAUUUCUUAGAGAAAUAUCAACACAACUUUCAUGUCUAUGCAACAAAUGCGGCGCUAGAACCUGGAGCCAAUUAGCCUAGCUUAGCAUAAGGGCUGGAAGCAUGAGGAAAUAAGUAGCCUGGCUCUGUCCGACACAGCAUCUCUGAGGCUCACAAAGGGCCACGCUGUGUGUUGUUGGUUUUAUCAAUACACAAACCAAACUGGAAAUAAUUCCGGUUUGGAGUUAGUGUUAUUUACUGAGCUUUAGAUGUGUUGGUAUUUGGAUUUUGGAACUAUGGAGAGAGCUACUCUAGCUGUUUCCCUCUUUUCUUAUGCUAAGCUAGGCUAAUCACCUGGAUCUUGUUUUAUACACAGAGAUUGGCUAUCAGUCAUCAUAAGCAUAAACCCAAAAACAUCAAACCACUCAUUUCCUAAGACAUCAUCUGUGUUGUAGGUUUCAACAUCCCAUGCUGGUGAUACAGAAGAGAAAUCACUAAUUAUCUAAUUAGUAGCUAACCAAUAGUUUAAUGAAAUAUCAUUUGUCAUCAGACAGUCUGUCUCCUUUCAAUUUUACAGUAAACAUGAAACUUUCAAAGACAGAAGUCCAAUUUGAACCCUUCCACUCUACUGAGGUUACUGUGAGAUUUAUUUUGUAAAUGCAAUAUUAUUCCCCUCCUGGGACCCGACAGUGUUAAAUCUCGAGAGAUUUAAAAUGACCUGAGUGAAACCAAACCACACAACAUUAAGUUUUAAAAGAAACUAUUGUUGAUUCUGAGCACUUUUAAUUGUUUCAGUCAUUCUGUUCGCUGCAGUGAGAUAAUGGGUUGUGUCACAAUGGAUCUUUAAAGGUGCAACAUGUAGCGGUUUAUAAACUAAGCACUUCUCCACCAUCAGUGGCUCUUAGCGCUUCAUUUUUCUUAAAACUAAAAGACACCUUCCAACCUUUGUUGAUUCCUGCCACAAGUCACAUUACAAUCCCACCUGCCUGCUCCUCUGCAGCUUUAUUUGUGCAACACAUCAGAUUUACCAGCAGACAGUGUUCUUAGUGAUGAUCGACUUUGGUCAAUGUGUUUUCACAACAACAUCAAAACUCACGUGGUAUUUUAUCGAUGUGAAAACAGACAGCACCUUUUAAGUGUUGAGUUCACUGUGGUGAGAUCUGCAUGAGAAGAUCCAGACGUCGGGGGUUUGAGUCCGGCUGUAACACGGUGCCUCUGUCUGACCCGGCUGACAAACCUCCGUCUGCGGAUCUGAUGCACGUCACUGGCUGACGGCAGAAGUGUAACAAUCUCUACAAAACUCACAUCCGAGGACACAUCUGUCCCACAUGAGUUGAACUGUAUUUUAAAUGUGUUGCACAACUUCAGCUGUUUCUUCUGUUUCUAUCUGUGCUAUCUUUUGGCCUUUUAUAUGGUUCUUUUUAUAAUGAAGUUGUUCUAUGUGAUGAUCAGAAGUUGUGAUGCAGUUCCAUUGUUUUUCAAUAUUUAAUGUCUCUAAAAUAUGGAUUAAAAUCUGUUUGAACCAGUGA